UGAAUGGAGCAUGGAGUUUGCCCAGCUUCGUUUGUGAUUUUUAUAUAGCGAUGGAUGUCACGUGUUCAACGUCCUCCAUUUUUAACUUAGUAGCAAUUUCCAUAGAUAGGUAUAUAGCAGUUACACAACCAAUUAAAUACGCGAAGCACAAAAGCAAUCGGAGAGUGUGGCUUACAAUAGUUUUAGUGUGGGUGAUAUCAGCUGCCAUUGGAUCACCUAUAGUCCUUGGUCUAAAUAAUACACCAGAUCGAAUCGAAGAUGCGUGUCUCUUUUACAACAGCGAUUUCAUAAUCUACUCUAGUCUUUCAUCUUUCUACAUACCAUGCAUCAUCAUGGUUUUUCUUUAUUAUAAUAUUUUUAAGGCUUUACGAAAUAGAGCGAUAAAAGCGCGGUUAACGCGUAAACCCCUUCCAUGUGAAAUUAAACCCGGUACUGUGAUAGAAAAUGUAGCCAACACCAGAAGAUUAGCCGAAACAACUUUAGGACCGCCACCUAUAGAUGAACAAGCUACAAAUACAGGGUCUGGAUCAGGAGACGAAGACGAAGAACCCGCCGAGCCAGAAUGCCAAAUUAUUUCUAACGACAAAAGUACUGAGUUUAUACUAGCUACCGUUGUUGAAGAAGCUGCGAUAUCGAGCGUUGUAGCGAGCUUGGCGACUCCAGCGCCUUUAGCGGAUCCAAACGGCAAUAACGAUUCGGGAUACGCGCCCAGUCAAACGGACACAAUAUUGUUGGAGAGUCCCAAAAAAACGAGGCAUCAAAUGAAAAAGAAUGGGGCGACGUUUGACACUGAGUUAAAAGACUUGGCCCUUGGCGUACUACACUUACCAAUCGUGACUGUAUCGGCGACGGUCAAUUCAGAGAUCGAGCAAGAAAGGUCUUCCGGUUCGAAAAAGGAAAGAAAAGCUUCGGCGGCGGCAAGAUUUACAAUAUAUAAAGUUAAUAAAGCAAGUCGUAAAAAAAGAGAAAAGUCGACGGCGAAAAAGGAGAGAAAAGCAACUAAAACACUGGCGAUAGUUCUAGGAGUUUUUCUCUUCUGUUGGGUGCCCUUCUUCACGUGUAACAUAAUGGACGCCAUGUGCAGUAAACUUGGAUUAUCCUGUCAGCCGGGAGUUGCAGCAUUCUUACUAACGACGUGGUUGGGAUACAUCAAUAGUUUUGUUAAUCCUGUCAUUUAUACAAUUUUCAAUCCUGAAUUUAGAAAAGCCUUUAAAAAAUUAAUGUUCCUUGGACCUUAAAGCUUCAAUCGUUAAUUUGGUUUGUUGUUGUUGCGUAGUAUAAUUGCUCAAAUGACACCUUUCGAAGUUCUUCCGUUUAUAUUUCUCUGUAGGUUUAAUUGCUCAAUUUGUUUUCAAGCCAAGGAAACACACAUAUACCGAAUUUAUUGUUAACAUAUCAUUAAGACGUACAUUUCUUAGAGUGUAUAUAACUUUAAUGGACACCACUACCUACCUAUAGAACAUUUCCGUUGUGCUUUUUUGCCGUGUUCGUCUGAUACGGAUUAAUUUCCAAAUCGCCCCUUUGUUGGUUAGAUGUGGUACAAAUUUUUGCAUCUUGUCAUAGAACUGUGAUUUAAUAUAUACGUAUUGGACGAGUACCUGUAAGACUUUUCUGUUGUACGCAAGUUUACUUGUUAUCAACUAAAGAUAAUAAUACUAACAUGUAAUGGAAUAAUAAUAUAGCUCUAAUGUAAAUAUAAUGUAAUAAUUGCUAUUGUGAUCUAACGUUAAGGAUAAGUUAAGUUAGUAUAAUGUUUUGUUUAUUUUAAGACACGGUUAAUAAUAAUAGCGUAAGGUCGAUAUCAAUAAAGUGUACAGUUUGUACAUAAAAGUAGGUACGUUAAAAAAUUGUACAUAGGCAUUCCCCAAAGCAAAAUUCGUAAAACAAGUUAUACAGUUGUGAUUCUAUAAUCACUAUUGUAUACGUGAGCCCAAUUCUACGACUGUUUGCUUUGAAAAAACUAUCCCACUGUGAAAAAUCAAAGUUUACGCUUAUCAUAAAGAUAAUGUACGUAGGUAUAUACUUAUUCGCUACAGAUGCGCUGAACAAAAAAUUUCUGUCAAAUGUAAUAAAGCUAUUUCUUAUAGAGACUA